ACUGGUUGACGUUGACAGUUUGGAGGACACUUCCUGAUGCUGCUGCCCCGGUCUAGCUAGGGUAGCUAAAUAGAUUAGAUUUUCAGGGUUUGGGGGAAACCCGUGAAAUACAUCGUGGUCAAGUCGCCUGGUUCAGUGGUGGGAGCAGAAGAGGUCAGACGGCACCAUGAACGGCCAGCUGGACCUGAGCGGUAAGCUGAUCAUCAAAGCCCAGUUGGGUGACGACAUCCGACGUAUUCCCAUCCAUAAUGAAGACAUUACCUAUGAUGAGCUGGUGCUGAUGAUGCAGCGUGUCUUCAGGGGCAAGCUGCAGAGUAACGACGAGGUCACAAUCAAAUACAAGGAUGAAGAUGAUGACCUUAUUACUAUUUUUGACAGCUCUGACCUGUCGUUCGCCAUCCAGUGCAGUAGAAUACUCAAACUGACUUUGUUUGUUAAUGGUCAGCCGCGGCCUUUGGAAUCCAGUCAGGUGAAGUACCUGCGCAGGGAGCUCAUCGAGCUCAGGAAUAAAGUCAACAACCUCCUUGAUACCCUGGAGCCCCCCACAGAGCCUGGUCUGGCUGCUACAGCACCAGACAGUGACUGUAUUUUUGUGGCAGCUGACCCCACAGUAAAACAGGCCACUCCAGUCAGUGCAGCUAGCAUGUCAGCCUUCGACCCAUUAAAAAACCAGGAUGAGGUCAACAAGAAUGUCAUCUCUUUUGGCCUGAGCGAGGACCAGGCCCCAGUUCCCCCAGCAGUUGCAGCAGAGGAGCGCUCAGGAACCCCUGAUAGUAUUGCUUCUCCCUCAUCUGCAGCACCUCAGCCAGGAGUGCCACCCCAGCCACAGGCUCCGUAUCCUGGAGUGCAGCAGGGACCCCCAGCGAGCAUGGAUGGUCAAGUGUACCAGCAAUACCAAGCUCCAGGUGGAUACCCUCCUCAACAGCCAGGUGCCCCACCUCAGCAGCAGUAUGGUGUGCAGUACCCAGCAGGAUACAGCCCUCAGCCCGGCGCCCCUCCACAGCCACAGCAGCAGUUCCAGAACUACGCUCCUCCCUCUUCACAGGCUUCAGCUCCUGGUGCAGCGCCAGCUCAAGGCUUCCAAGGAGGGCAGCAGCAGCAGACCCAUCCACCUCAGGGAGGCCAGCAGUAUCCACCAGGAGCUUUCCCGCCACAAAACUACACCUCCCAGGCUGGCCAGCCUGCUAACUACAGCAUGCCGCCCAGCUCCCAGCCUGCCUCAGGGUACCAACCCCGCCCAGGAUACACCCCACCUCCAGGCAGCACUCACCCUCCACCUGGAGUUGCCAACCCGUAUGCCCGAAACCGCCCCCCUUAUGGCCAGGGCUACACUCAACCAGGGCCUGGGUACCGGUAA